AUGGCUGAUCUUCCUCUUCCGAUACUGUGCACAAAGGGGUGUGGAUUUUAUGGAAGUGCUGAGACUCAAAACAUGUGCUCUAAGUGCUAUAUCAACUUUCUUACACAUGAAAUAAUAAUACCUAAUUCUACAGUCACUACUAGAGAUGAUGAUGGUGAUGGUGGUGUUUGUGUUUCUGAUAAUAACCCUAUAAAGGAUUUGAAAGCCACCAAAAAGAAUAGAUGCAAGGACUGCAACAAGAAGAUUGGAUUGAUCGGGUUUUCAUGUCGUUGCGGCAACGUCUACUGCAGCCGCCAUCGCUUGCCGGAGGAACAUGCUUGCACCUAUGAUUUCAAGGCCACUGCUCCGCCAAACCAUCACUUGGUUCACAUUUGUGCUGAUAAAUUGGAGCGGAGACUUUAG